AUGCUCGCCCAAAGACUCUUCUAUCUCACCUCAUGCUUUUUGGUGGCCUUUGGGCAAAUUGACCCGUUGCCACAUGGACUGCCUCCCCUUGACCUUCGUUACCCUAAAAGGCCAUGGGUACUCCCGGGAGACACGCUUGAAAUGUCAGACACGCAUCCCUUGCCGCAAAUCAGCAGCCUCCGAUUCCACGCAAACUCAACCUAUCUGAUCGUCAUGGUGGAUCUCGACGUUCAAGUCGGGCAAACCUCAACGGUCGUCCUCCACUGGUUUCAACCAAACCUGGUGAUGCGCAACGACAAGCCGUGGCUAGAGCCGGACGGCCAUGGGAAGGGCCCGUUCGGCAAACACCCGGCGGAGUAUAUUGCUCCCCAACCCCCGCCAAACACGCAUCACCGGUACGUCUUGCUUGCGUUCGAGCAACACGAGCAGUACAUGUUCCCCGGCUGUUUCGGACAUAUUUUCCCCAAGACAAUGGAGGCACGGGCCGGGUUUGAUCUCCGUCAGUUUGUUGAGGUCACUGGCCUCCAACGUCCCGUGGCUGGUAACUAUUUCUUCGUCCACAAUGACGGGCCUACGACAGUGACGUCGAGCACGCCCACCCCAACGCCAACGACGACGUGGAUAAGAACCGCUCCCUGUAGCCAGCCGGUGAUUGCAACGGCUACCAGUCCAGCAGAGGUUCGGGAGCAUGUGAGGGGGGCGCAAGGGCGGCAAACUGUCAUGUAG